AAAUGGACACGACAACAUCAGCCGCAUUGAUUGAUGCCGGCGGAGAAAAUGACGAAUUAAUGAAGGCCAUGAACUUGAAUCUAGGUGACUUAGAUCUGACUUCGGAAGAUUUCUUAUUGGAAGAAGUGGACGUUCAUAUUCAACAAAAUCUCGAGGAUGAAAUAGUACAAGAGGCACUGAAAACUGGAGUAGAUCUGAGGCAGUACUCCAAACAGGUGGAGGCAGACUUGCUGGAGGUGGAAAAUGCCUCAAUACAGGACUAUAUCAAAGAGGGCCAAAAUAUUGCCAGCUUACACAAACAGAUAUCCUCUUGUGACACUAUAUUGGAGAGAAUGGAGCAGAUGCUGAAUGGUUUCCAAGGUGAUUUGAGCAGUAUCAGUAAUGAGAUUCAAACAUUACAAGAACAGUCCAUAGCCAUGAAUGUUAAACUGAAGAACAGACAGGCUGUCCGAGGGGAACUGAGCCAGUUUGUGGAUGAAAUGGUUGUACCAGAUUCUAUGAUCAAUAACAUCCUGGAAUGUCCAGUGACAGAGAGAGAAUUCCUUGAACAGCUUCAUGAACUUAACCACAAGAUCAACUUUGUGAAGGAGCAGUCGUUCAAGGACGCAAGGUCGUGUGGAGAUGUCAAGGACAUUCUGGAGAAGCUCAAGAUAAAGGCAAUCUCUAAAAUCCGAGAAUUUCUGCUUCAAAAAAUAUACCAGUUUCGAAAACCGAUGACCAACUACCAGAUUCCUCAGAAUGCCAUGUUGAAAUUUAGGUUUUUUAAUGAGUUUUUGAUCAGUAACGAGCGUCACACAGCGCGUGAGAUCAGAGACGAGUACGUGGACACGAUGAGCAAGGUGUACUUCUCUUAUUUCAAAAGCUAUCUGAGUAGGCUGAUGAAGUUGCAAUACGAGGAAGUACCUGAUAAAGAGGAUCUUAUGGCUGUAGAGGACACUGCUAGGAAAGGUUUCUUCUCAUCCAAACCGUCAUUGAAGAAUCGCUCAACUAUCUUCACUUUGGGUCACCGAGGUUCUGUGUUGACCUCUGACCUUGAAGCCCCUAUUGUUGUCCCUCAUGCUGCACAGAAGUCGGAUCAACGGUACACAUUUGAGAGUUUGUUCCGAAGUCUCCACUACGCCCUCCUUGACAACAGUUGCCGAGAGUAUCUGUUCAUUGUGGAUUUCUUCAUCGUGUCUGGCUCUGCAGCUCAAGACCUAUUUAAUGUUGUCAUGGGGAAAACUCUCACAUUGUUCAUGAAACAAAUGGAGACAUAUAUCAAUGACUGUUUUGAUUCCAUCGCUCUGUUCCUGUGUAUUCACAUCAUCUACCGAUAUCAGGUCAUCAUGCAGAAGAGAAAUGUUCCUGCCUUGGAAAGAUACUGGGAGACAUUACAGGAUAUUCUGUGGCCGAGAUUCGAGUAUAUCUUCCAGCUUAACAUCCAGAGUGUCCGAGACUGCAACCCCCAGAGGCUAGGACAGAUUGAUGUCAGGCCGCAUUAUAUCACGCGUCGUUAUGCGGAAUUCUCAGCGGCCAUUGUAGGCAUCAACCAAUCACAUCCUGACGAACGAACCCAACGUCUGCUCAGCCAGCUCCAGACAGAGGUCGACAACUUCAUCCUCAAAAUGGCCGCUGAAUUCCCUCAGCGUCAGGAGCAGCUCACGUUUAUCGUCAACAACUAUGACAUGAUGCUAAACGUUAUUAUGGAGAGAACGACUGAUGAUUCCAAGGAGUCAGAGAGUUUUAAGGAGUUGCUUAGUGCCAGAACUGAGGAGUAUGUGGAAGAGGUGCUGGCGCCACAUUUUGGAGGACUUAUCACAUUUGUGAAGGACUGUGAAGUUUUGCUGGAAUCACAAAAUUUGGAUGCUCUGAAAAACCAAGAACGUCGAGUACAGCAGAUUGUGCGUGGGUUUAACAACGACUGGAAAAAAGCUAUCGACCAAAUUAACCAGGAAAUUAUGAGAUCAUUCACAAACUUCAAAAAUGGAACACAGAUUUUACAGGCCGCUCUGACUCAGUUAAUCCAGUACUACCACAGAUUCCAGAAAGUUCUGUCCCAAACGCCAUUCAGAAGUCUCCAGAUCAGGAAUGAACUCAUAAAUAUUCAUCAUGUGAUGGUUGAGGUCAAGAAACACAAACCCACCUUCUGAAUGACAGACUGUGAAUACUGAAAUCUUUAGGCCAAAAGAGGAGGCUCUUGAAUAUUGAUGAUCUCAUGAUUGAGGUCAAGAUAUGCAAAUCCACCUUCUGAAGGAUAGGCUGCGAAUACUGUAAUCAGUAGGCUAAGAAAGGUUGCAAAUGCAAACCUGCCUUCUGAAUGAUAGACUGUGAACACAAUCAUCUGUGGUUUGGUGAAAUUGUCUUGUGGGCAAAACAGCAGACAGCCAUUAUUGAUAAGGUCAUGAAUAUUCAUGAUCUCAUGACUGAUGUCAAGAAAUGCUAGCCCACGGUUUAAACGACAGAAACAUUGUAAAUACAGUAACUCGCUAACUGUGGUCUGGGUUUGGGGCAGUGGCCAGAGGGUGAGAGCAGACCAGGCCCCUGGUUGAGCGCGUGAAGAAUCAUCAAGUCAUGCUUGAGGUCAAGAAACAGACCCACCUUCCGAAUCCAGAACUGAACGCUGUUCUGUGGUUUUGGGGAGUGACUAAGGGAUGGGACAAAGAGCAGAUAAGUCCCUGGUUGAUGAGCUCAUGAAUAAUCAUGAGGUCAUGGUUGUAAAAAAAACACACCCACCUUCUAAAGACUGAACAUGGUGUUUAAAUUUUGGGUUAGGGGUGAGACAAGAACAGGCCAGUCCCUAGUUGAUGGACCAUUAGUUUACACAAUGACUCGGUGCUGAGUGUAACUCAGAGGCGAAGUGUCUGUUGCUAUGGUUAUGCUCUGAUGUUAGCAUCAUGUUCAUAUGUACUAAUAUGGACUCUCUCUGUAUAUAAUAUAAUAUAAUAAACUCUAUGUGAUUUAUGUUCACUUAUGUACAUUUGGUGCAGAUGUAAAAAUGAUUAUGUAUGUAUCUGUAAAGAUUAUAAAAAUGUAUAAAAUAAAUUAACUCCAU